AGCCAGUACGCGACCUUGCCGCAUUAAAUAUAGACUACCGACGAUUCUGUCGCCAACAAACAGUACAAUCGCGAUCAGACGUUAUCACUGAAAAUGUAUAGAUUAGGUGUUAAUCACACAGUGGACGGUAUUGUGUAUACUUAAUGUGGUAUUGAUACGUUGUGUUAAAAUGUCCGAGUCUUCCGCAUCCGGAAGAAAAUUGGUUCUAAGCACGCUCCUAGAAACAGACCACUACGAGAGCCUAAUAAAGGACCUCACGUGUACAAAAUGUAACAAAUAUAUGAAGCCUCCAAUAUAUCUAUGUGUGGAUGGACAUAGUAUAUGUGGGCUCUGCUAUGAGAAGAGCUACCAAUGUCAUGUUUGCAAGAAAGAGUUCGCGCUGAUACGACCUCAGAUUUUAGAGUCAUUAGCGAAUAAAAUGAUGUUCCCGUGCACCAACGAGGGAUGUCCGAAGCACGCAAAUCUUUCGUUACUCGAGAAGCAUAUUGCACACUGUCAAUAUCGGAUCAUAAAAUGUUUUAUGGCUAGAGUUUAUGGUGAGUGCAUAUGGGAAGGCAGAGCUGGAGAAUGGAUGGACCACUGUUUUGCUGAACAUAAGGAAAAGGUUACUGACCUACCUUUCAUCACUGUCAACGACAAGUGGAAUGGAAAACGGACGGAGCCAGUCCUAAACUACUUCCUACUUAAAUGCUAUGACAGAAUUUUUAAUGUUUAUCAAAUAUAUGACAAAAAAGGCGGAAGAAUGAUGUGGACAGUUCUAGUAAAUGACGACCAAGCAGAGAAAUUCUAUUUUGAGGUUGACAUAUUUCUACCUAAUGUUCCAAGCAAGAGGAUCGUGUAUAGACGUCCUUGUAAAUGCGAAAAGGAUGCCGAUUUUCUGGAGCAUACACAAAACGUCUUCAUUCCUAUUGAAAAUAUUUUUUCCAUGCUGGACGAAAGUGAAUCAAUUAAUUUUACUGUUCGUAUUGGUGAAGUGGAAAACUUGCCUCUUUUGGAAUCGCCCACAGCAAGUGAGAGCCUUAUAUUGCUAAACAGCGAUUACAAAGAAGAAGAAGAAUAGAAUGAGAUUUGUACGGAUUUAAUAUUUUGUGUGUAUUAAUUAUGCAUUCCUGAUUGGCGUGUACUUGCUUUGUGUACGUGUUUUUAAAUUUCAUGUAGAGAUGGAAAGUUCCCUUUCCAUUUAGUCAUAAAAAACCUGUCUCUUUUCAUCACCCCGUAAACACAAUUUGUCAGACAAGGAGGAAAGAGUUAAAAUAGUGCACUUGUGUAAUUUAUUUUUUGAAGAGGGGUUUAAGUGAAGUUGUGUUCUACAUUUCCUAUGUCUUGAUAUUGUUCGUGUUUAUUUAUCAUAUUUAUGCAAGUAUUAUAGUUGAAAUUAAUUUCAGUAUAAUGGGAUUUAAACGUAAUUUUCACAUAUUUAAACGUUUUACUUGUGAAGCAUGACAGAUUAAUAAUUUAUAAAGAAAAUAAUAAUAAUGCCUCUUUUUUGCGUAUUUUAAUAUGUUACAUACAUGGUACUAAUAUUGAUUGUUGUGGAUAUAUAAUAAUUUAACGGCAGGAUAUAAUUCUAUAUUUAAAAAUACAUGAUCAAUAUAAUAAUACUAAUAAUAUUACUAGAUAAUCUAAAAUUUUCUCUAUUCAAAUUUUUAAUGGUUUUUACUAAACAAUUAUUAUUUCUUAAAAAUAAGUAACAAAUUAUAACAUCUGUAAUUAAAUUUCAUCAAAACAUCUCGAUUAUACUAAUAAUGAACAAAAAACCGUGCCCUAAGUAUUUUUUUUACUAAGAUACAGAGCCCGAAUAUCCUGCCUGACAAAUGUAAUAAAAAAUACUUGGAAUCUAUAAGAUGUUAUCCUACCUUAUAGCGGAAAAUACGCAAGCUUUAUAUAUUAUCAAGCAAGUUAUUAAAGUUGAAUACAAGCUAUUUGGUUUAUCAUUCGCAUAUUCAAUAUCAAACGAGGAGAUGAUUUCAAAUUAAUUAAUAUUUUGAUACAAAGUAAUAGUUAAUUAGUUGUAGUUCUGAAACUUCAGGGUAUAAAUGUUAUUUUAGUGAAUAAACGUAGAUAUCAUA